GUAAAGUUAAGGCCCUGAGAUUAGGUACAUAGUACUUUCAACAGGUAUCACCCACACUAAACUUUGGGGGCGGGGCUGGUGGCUGGGCUCUACCUAGGUUAGGUACUGUGACCAAAUUUCUACAAUCCAAACAUCCCGCAGACGUCGCACGGCGAACCAUCAACUCACAUACGAACGAUCGCAACCAUGUCUUCCCUGCGAAACGCCGUAAACCGGCGCGUUCACCGCGAGCGAGAUCAACUGCAAGAACGAAAGGGUCGCUACGGUCUCCUCGAGAAGCACAAGGACUACCGUCUUCGAGCGCAAGAUCACAAUCGCAAGAAGGCACAGCUCAAGAGCCUUCGAAAGAAGGCAGAAGACCGUAAUGAAGAUGAAUUCUACUUUGGUAUGCUCUCACGGAAAGGCCCUGAUACCGUGCUCUCAAGUGGCAGCAAGAAAUGGGACGGUACCGUAGCCGGCGACCGUGGCAACAAAGGGCUCGACGUAGACGUAGUCCGGCUCCUCAAAACGCAGGAUAUGGGGUAUAUACGGUCAGUACGGAAUGUAGCGAUGAAAGAGGUCCGCGCACUCGAAGAACGUGUCAUUGCACUUGGUGGUGAUAUCGACGAAAACGAAGAGGACAAGGACGAUAUGGACCUAGACUUCGAUUUCGCAGACGAGCCCAGCGCGAAAAAGAAAUCCGGAUCGAAGAACAAGAAGAUUAUCUUUGCAGAUGGACAAGAUGAACGGGAAGACAAGAUACGGCAAGAUUUGGAAACCGAGUCUCCGGAGGACCAGGACGAGGAUCUAGAGAGCGCGAACCCGGCAAAAUUGCGUGCAGAAGAGAAACAGAAACUCUUGGAAAAGUUAAAGCGACGCCUACAAAACGCCCGGAAAAAGCAGCGCGUGCUUGCCCAAACCGAGCAGGAGCUCGAGAUCCAGCGCGCUAGAAUGGCUAAGACCGCGACAAUGGGGGGUGUAACGAAGUCCGGGAAGAAGUUCAAGGUGCGAGAGAGGAAGCGGUAAACGGAUUACCCUACGAAGCAUGAUUUUUAACUGGAUGGCGAAUACAAGGUCAUAUUUAGCAUUAACGGCGUUCUUGCAUUGUGCGAUCGGGAAAUUCGAUAUAUAUUUGAUGAGGCAGGCAGGUGCAUGGCGUUAACAGGAA